AUGCCCCACUGUCCAAGUUGUGGUAAAGGUGGCUUCCAGAGUCACAGUGCUGUUGCAAUGCACAUGAGCCAGCCAUCCUCUGGGUGCAAUACCUGGGUCAAUAACUUAGUCUGCCUUCACGAGUCUCUCCAACCAUUGAGCUUGAACAUUUGUAACUCUCAACACCCAACACACUUAGAAGAUGUCCUGAUGAGCACUGACCCUGGUGACUAUGCAACUCAUGAUUACCUGGAUUUUGUUCAUAUGGCAUUUGACAUGUGGGGGCCAACCACAGAUGACUUUGAGGGUGCAGCUAAAAUGUUUGGACUUGGCCCAACAUUUAUGGACAAAUUUAACAGCAACCAGUUCAGCAACCUAUGGGCAUCAAAUCUGUACUACCCCUUCAACUCCCACAAUGAAUGGGAGCUGGCAUCAUGGUUACUUCGUUCAGGCCUGAGCAUGAGAGCUAUAGACUCUUUCUUGUCAUUGUCAAUCAUAAGCCUGUCCCUAUUCUCUCCAAAGAUCAUUAUUGAUGUGCACCAGAUACAGCUACUAAAUAUUUCCUUUUGUACAGCCAGAGCACUUUGUGGGCUGGCUGAGUUACUCCCUGGCAGGCCAUGCUGGCACUCAAUGGAGAUUACUCCUCCGCAGCCAACCAAACACCCUGUGCACUUGUACUGGCAUGAUCCCCUGGAAUGCAUUGUGUGGCUCCUCAACCACCCUUUGUUCUCUGACCAGCUUGAUUUUUCACAGCUUCUGAGCAGAGCGACUCUUCUUGGCACGAUACUUUCUUCAGACAAGAUGAAUAUUACUACUUUAUGUGGUGGCAGAGUUGCUCAUCUACUUCUUGUCAGCCUAGAAAAUAUCAAGAUGUCCACAUGCCUAAAAUUGUCAUCCAACUCAUUUAUGCUCACUGCUCUCCUCCCCAUCCCCAAGUUUGUGCACAAGAACAAGUGUAUGCAUGGCCUCCUCGAAGAUAGGCUCAUUCAUGAAUGCCUGGAUAUCAUACUUGAACCCAUCAAGCAAGCUGCCAAACUUGGCAUUAUGUUACCAGAUUCUCUGGGGCACAUGCAGUACUCAGUGAAAUUGAAGGUCCACCCUACAAACAUCCAAGUCUUCUUUCACAAAGCACAGCACUUUCACCUCAGCAGAGUUAGUGACCCAUUUUGGAGGGACAUUCUGCUUUCUUGUCCAAGCACUUUUAUAACUCUGGAGCCCCUUCACCACCUGCACAAGGAAUUUUGGGACCAUGACAUGAAGUGGUGCAUAAAUGUGGUUGGUGAAGCCAAAAUCAACUUUUGCUUCUCAGUUUUACAGCCUACUGUGGGGUUCCAUCACUUUAAAGGUGGUGUUGCUAAGCUGAAGCAGGUGACUGGACAUGUGCACCAUGAUGUACAAUGUUACAUUGUCAGUGUUAUUGCUGGAGCAGCCCCUCCCAAAAAUAUUACUGCUAUUUAUGGAAACAAGCCCAUCAACAAUUGGCACAUCCCCAAGUUAGAACUCAUGCAGAGCAUUGUACCAAGUGUGAAGUGUGUUGGGGUCACCAUCCAAUGGACUGCUGAUGUAACUGAACAUGCCCAUGUAUUGGAGAUCAAGACACCCACAUCAGCUAGCAAUAACAAUAACUACAAUCCUCAAAUUUGCUGGUACCUCAAUCAUGCUGAAAAAUGUAGGACAUUUGAACUUGCAACAUCAUUAUAUGAAUCGAAGACUCACUCCCAUGGUCAUGUGGAAGAAAAGUCCUUGGAGGUUGAGGAUGGGAGUUCUGAUGAUGGCAACAGUGAGAUCAGUGAUUGUGAGGAGGUGAAUCUAGUUUCCAAGAUGCCAGGUCCCACGCAGCCUGUCACCAAUUACUUUGCCAUCUCUGCAUGCCUCAGGACCCAGGAUCCAGACUCCAUUCCCUUCCCCUUGCAUAGUUUUAUUGCAGAUGGUAUGGCAAUCAACCUUUCCUACGACCCACCCUUGCGAUGCAUUAGUGUUGAUGCCACCCUUGUUGAUUUUCUAAAUUGUGAGAAGGUGUAUGGACCAAGCUCUGUGCACACUAUAAGCAGGCAACGUCAGGGAUCAAGCUCUUCAACCCUGCCUUUUACCAAUCUGCAGGUUUGGUACAAGAUGCAGCUGCAGAACAUGGCAAUACAUGAUAUCACGGACAUCCUCCCUGCCCAGACUCUCUUCUGUUCUCCACCUUGCAAGACCUGGACCCUUGGCCACUAUGAUGCAGCUAUCAUCAAUGUGGACCCCCAUUUCAAAUGGCCAGAGAGCAGCCUGAAAGGUUCAUGGUCCACACUACUUUUCCAUGUCACUCACAAGAGUAUCUUAGACCAUUUUUUGGUCUACAUACAACAUUUUGACAUAGCAGCUGAAGAUGUGACACACCUACAUAUCCUUAGUCUCUCUGGUCCAAGAAGCAUAUGGAUCCUUCCUCCCUGCCCCCUGCAAUGUCUUCAUACCAGUCUUAGAGCGAAUGGCCAACAUCUUGGUGAUGUCAUCCCACUCAGUCAGGUCCAGGCAUUCGCACAUCUCAUACCUUGCUUUGGGCAAACUGCAGAUAAUUGA